GCACUUGUGCAUACGCGCCGUGGACGAGAGGGAAGAUGGCGGAGAGGAACGUCGAGACGGCGCUCGAAUGGAGCGAACGGGGCCUGGACACGGCCGAGGACACGCUGGUUGCAAUGGAAACCCUCCUAGCCACACUGAGGGCCUUCGAAGACGGCCUCAGGCAACAGGAAGUGUCCGUGGCGUCGUCCUCGGACUACUGUGACAACUUCUGCCAGGCACUUAUGCAUUAUGCUGGGAGCAGGAACUCCAUAGACCACGGUCUUCCGCUUCUUGAGGUCUACUGCCUAUCAAUAAACUGCUUUGCCGCCGCCCGAUCACACCUCACUGCAGAGUCGGACAGAGUCACUCUUGUUUUGAAGAGGCUAGCUCUAAGCUGUUUUGAACUAUUUCUGUCUGUUCCGGAAAAUGAAAUCCCUUAUGAGGCCUGGGUUCAGUUUCACCAAUCUGUUCAGAUUGCACAUGACACCUUGAUACAGUAUGGGAGUACAGACCUUCAAGCUUUACUACAGAUCACAGGAGAAGGAGGUGCAUGGAGCAACCCCGUCCUCUCUGCCCUCCUUUCAGGCCAGCCAACCAUCCAGCAAGAAGUUGAUCAAUACAUCUGCUUGGAGGGCGAGGGCUUUAUGGAGAUGCGAGUAAAACAUCUGGAGAAGAUGGGCGAGGUCGCCAAGGCUGUAGUGCUGGCAAAAGCUUGCACGGACUGCAGCGCCAUUUCCAACCAAGCUACUUUUCGUCACACAUACGUCUCUUUGCUUUGCCAGCUGCUUCCCAAUGAAGAAGCCAUCAUGGAGAUAUCCAGACAAAACUGCAAAGAUGUCCUUGAGAUUACUUCCAACUUAGAUACUGAGGGCGAGGAGAACACUGGCUUUAUCUUGUGCACAACCUUCCUAACGCAGCAGCUUCAGCAGCCCAGCCUUGACUGUUCUUGGGAGCUGAUUCUCCUCUGGAGUAAACUUCAGAAAAAGCUGGACUCCUCAAUUUUGUCUCUCCUUGAAAGAUGCCUUCAGCUUGGUGCCAUUGCCAAAACAGUGCAACAUUUGCUUUACCUGAUCCGUAUCAUUCAGACAGAGGCAGGAACAACGGGCACUGCUGCCUCAGUGGAACUUGGUGUCAAAGCUCUACAGCUUCCACAGCAUGAUGACAUGGACAGCAGAAUCGGGAUCUGCAAAAUAGUGUCAGGCCUUCUCCUCAACGAUCUAGAAGUACGGCGUGCCUGCCAUCUCACAGAGUUCCUACUGGGCCCCAACCAGCUGGCCCUAAACCGCCUCCAGGAGCUCUACCAGCGUCCAGACCAAAAGUAUGAUCAGGAAAGCGGUGUCAUCCCUAACUCGCUACGCUGUGAAUUGCUGCUGGUGCUGAAGGCACACUGGCGUAUUGACCCUGAAUUUUGGGACUGGAACACCCUCAAGUAUCACUGCGUUUCUCUUCUCGGGUUGAAACCCAAGUCUGAAGCGGAGGUCAAAAGUAACAAACCACUCGUGCUACAAGUCAACGCUCUGACAGAAGAAUCUGAGCGCAAUCUCUGUUUAAAUGGAAGUCUGUAUCCACAAAAGCAGCUUGAUAAAAAGCCUCAUUUAGUUCAAGAAGAAGCAGAAGUGAGGAGAGCCAAGGUCUGCUGUCGUAUUUGUGAAAGGUUCUACACUGAGGCUCAAAUCAUACACCACUCCAAAAGACAUAUUGUGGAUGACAGACAUCCCUGCCCCAUUUGUUUGCAACAGUUUAGCAACCGUAAGGAUCUUAUUCCCCACUUAAGACAUCACAUCCAAAGCGAAACACUUCAUUCCAGUGACAAUGGUAAGAUUGUAGAUAAUGAAAUCGAACCCGGUGAAAUUACCAUCGACCCUUCUUUGAUUUUAUAUUACGGACCCUCGCGUGAUCCUAAAGUCCUGCAGGCCCUUGUACAGCAAGCCAAGAGUGUCAAAGACAAUUGCGAGGACAAUGAGCAUGUAACAUUCGAAUACAUAAAACAGCACUACAGUCUGCAGAACCGAGAGGAAUAUUUUUGUCCUGGAACUGGGUGUUCCAGGGUCUUCAAACAUUCCAAGUACUUGUAUGUGCACUUAAAGGCAGAACAUCAAGGCGACGAAAAUGUGAAGCAUUUUUAUCACAUGAGAGAGCUACGGGAGAAGUGUCCCUUGUGCCGACGCCAUUUUGUCUCUGCUUACCAUCACCACAACCAUCGAAAAAGUCACAACGGGAUGUACAUGUGCGUGGUGUUGGGUUGCGGUGCCAGUUUUGGUUCAUCCACUGAGCUUGUGUUGCACAAACACGUUCAUGGCAUUCAGGUAAACUACCAGUGUGAGCUUGAGGGCUGUUUUAUGAAUUACUCAGACCUGGGGCAACUUUAUCACCAUGAAGCACAGCAUUUCAGGGACGCCGCGUUCACCUGCACAAGCCCCUUAUGUAAAAAAUUUUACUUUUCGAAAAGGGAAUUCAUAGAACAUCUCUCCACACACAGCAUUACUUUCUCGGAAAAGGACUUUGAGGAUCAGCGGAAAGCAAAAGAGACAACUUUCAAGGCUGACUUAGAAAGAACGGCCCUUGCUAAUAAUUCCGGCGAUACAGAGGAGACUCUCAACCGAGAGGGCCAGAAAACAUCUGGAAGUGCGCAACCAUCUGUCAAUGAAACACCCAAAGCAGUACUCACUUUGGUGGCGAUGUGUUUCGAUGGAAGUAAGUUUACAUGUGGAUUUGAGAAAUGCGGUAUGACUUUCUCCCGAGCUAGAGAUGUCCAGAGGCACCUAAAACACGCCCACCCAGAACACCUUAAAUUGGAGAACAAAGAUCAAAAGCAUGACAAGGAGCGGGGUCCAAAGUCCAAAAAAAUGAAAACUGAAAUCGAGUCAGACAUUGAGGAAGAUGAGAUCCAGUUCUUUCCUUCUUCCUCACCUGGAGAAGAUGGGAAAGAAUGGCUAACGUCCUCCCCUCUUAGAGCAAGCCUUGCUAAAAAUGAUGUCCUCAGAGAAAUAAUAAUUGGGCUAAGAAGACUCAACCUCAAUUCUUUGUCCCCGCAAAAUACAUCUACUUGUUACACUAUUAAAGAAAAACAAUCCAUGGUUUUGCUUUCUAGAACGUCUUCAAAGUCGUCAAAGAAAAAUUUAAAAAUCGAUAGAUAUGCCGAAUCACCUGUCAAUGAAAAACCCUACACUUGCAAAAUGGGAGACUGUCGCUUCCGGACUGCGCGGAGCUACAGUUUGCUGCGCCACUAUGUCGCCAUGCACGGUCACACUAUUGAACAAGCUAAAGGGAUGGCUCAUAUUUAUGACACGUCUUUUAAGCCCUUUAAGUGUCGUUUGUGUUUGAGGAGUCACAGAGAAAAAAAAGCAUUGAGAAUCCAUUAUAUUCGGAUGCAUCAGCUCAGUACGAGUGCGGCGGACAAGUAUUGUUUGGGAUCUACACAGAUUACAAGACCCACAUUACACAACUUGAACCCAAAAAUGAACGAGGAAGAACUCAGUUGGGAAGAUAAGGAAAAAAACGGCGAGAACGGACUAAAUCCGAGUACUUACUCAUCAUCUUUGACUGCAAAUGUAGCCGAGAUGAAAAAGCAGGAAACGGACCAAACGGGAGACGGUCAGAUGGAGAUACCCCACGAGAGAACGAAACGCUUGGUUGCUAAAAGUAAUCUCUGCUAUUUUCUCGAUAAAUUCAAUAAACCUUUUCACUGCGUAGCCAAAAACUGCGACGCAGCCUUCUCUACCCAAGGAGGCUUAGUGCGCCACCUUCAGCUCACACACCAUUACAAACGGUCUCAGCUGCUGUUAGAACAAGAAGCGCAGCAAGAACCUGACGUAAAAAGCGAGAGCGUGAAGAAAAGUCCUGACCUGACCUCCGAUGAACCGAAACCCCAAUUUAAAUGUCAAUUUGUCAACUGUAAUGCCUCCUACCAUCUCAAAAGCAGCCUUGCGCGCCACACCCGUAUCAUUCACUCGCAGACGCCAGGGUUAAUGCGGUGCAAGUAUGAGGGCUGCACUAAAGUAUUCUCUCACAGCGACUCGAUGAAAAAACACAUCCUGUUUCGACACUGCAAUUAUUACGACUCGUUGGUGGUUCGACUCCAGAGCACUCACAAAAAGUCAGUUACAGGAUGCCAAAACAAAGUUAUAGUCAACCAUCCAAGCUCGGUCACACCCGAGACACCUGAACCUAAACAGUCAGAGGAGAAAAACAAUGUCAAUACUGAAAAACAGGAAAAGUUGACUAAUAAAAAGAAAAAUCAUUACAAAACGUAUAAUUUCAGAACGUACGAGGAGGCGUUACAAAUGUGCCAAGACCGUUGUUUGCGUGUAGCCUACCCUUGCAUGAUUCAAAACUGUGACUCCGUCCUUAAGUAUAUGUACAACUUAAACCGCCACUACAAAGGAGUUCACCAAAUGAAACAUGAGUAUGUUCGAGUAAAUGUUGACAAGCUCUUUUUCACUGCGGAGCGACUAGAGGAGUUGAUUCAGAGGAAGUCAGCCAGGCCGAAAGUGGAAGAGAAAGGGAAGCCAAGUGGAGCUUGCAAAACUGAUAAACGGCCAGAGCCAGCGAUUUCGGCAAACAAGCUCCCUGUCAAGGCGGAAACCCAAGGGAAGGCUCUUAAAGAUCCUCUGGGAUUCCCUGACAAAGAAACAGUGCCACCUGUUGAGAAAUGUAGCGAGAGAAAUGCGGUCAUGGUCGGUGCCGACGAAGUGUUGUACGGAGAACCGAGUACCGACACUCAAGCCGAGGACUCUGUUGUAGCAAUUCCGAAUGGACACAAACCAGUGGGAAAAAUAUUGAACUUGGAACAAAUAAAACCCCUACUUCGUCCUCUCACCAUCAAUCUCUCGCCACCAUGCUCUGUACGCUUAACUAGGGAGGACGGCCUUCUCGCUGCAUCAAAAGAUGGAGCUAAAAUGGCGGAAAAGUCCGAAACGUUGGCUACGCCCAUGCGGCAACCUCUCAAGCGUAAGAAUGAGAUCCCCGCUCAGCCUACGAACGGGAUAGACCCGCAGCCUCUCGGUUCACCGCCUCACAGUUUUGAUAUCGCCACAUAUAAGCCAGUAGGCUUUGAGGUUUCCUUCCUCCAAUUCAUACAAGACACUGAACCAGAAGACAAAAAAUCUCCAAACGCCAAACGGCGAGACUCUGUCCGGUGCGGUUUUUCAGUCAAAGAAAACAAUCAGCUUGGAAUUUCACUCACACGAAGCAGACGCAGUCAUCCCACACUUCACAAAUCCCCCAGUAAAACGAGGGGGAUUCCAUCAGUCCGAAACUUGAAGUCCAUCCUGGACAAAGCCCUUGCUGGUUGCGGGGAUCUGGCCAUUAAGCAGCUUCAGUACCUUAGACCCGUGGUGGUUCUGGGAAAGCCGGUGUGCACGGCUAGCCUGCCAAAACGCUUCCCACCAGACCCCAAAAACGGCAAACUGCUUCUGGGAAGCAAAGUUUAACUGUGCACCUUUUUGAAUGAAUUUGUUAUUAAAGUGCUCCCCCCCCCACCACCCCCCACCCCCACCCCUCUCAUUUGGUUGGCAAAAUGGAAGACUUAAAAAUCUGAUUUUUGUUCCUCUUGCGAAUCAUCUAUUCUAGUGUACAUACAAGUGCUUGAAGAUCAGUGUACAGGUUAACAGAUAGUUAGAAGUGGCUGGUAGUGAGAGGCCUUUUUUUUUUCCCUGUAUCGAAAUUCAAUGUACAAACUAUAAUAAUCAGUACUUCCUACAAAACUCUUCAAGAUGAAUGAAUUGUCACUUUUUAAUUGACGAAAACUGGCAUUUGCAGUGCUCGGAUAUGAAGUAUCUCUGUGUUAACUUUCUAAUAAAUGUUAAAAAGAGAAAAAAAAACAGUCUGUAUUAAGUCUUUGGUUUUCUCAUAUCUUGCUUUGCAUUACAAACAGAUGAAAUCUGUGUAGGGUUUUGUCGCACAGUACUAGACUGGGCAAUAACCAGAAUUUAGAACUCGAUAAAGGGAAAAAGUUGUCUUAAAAACUGAUGCUUAAGUACACGGCAAUUAUUUUUCGAAUCUGUAUCAAUUUUCAAUCUAAUAAAUGACGGCAAAAACGUGAGCUGUUAGCAAUUUGUUGUUUGUUUCAUGUCGUAUGCAAUCAGGUUUAAAUUGCGUUUUGAACUUUAAAUCUGAUGCGGAUUUUGAAAAAUUCUAUUUCAAGAGACAUCAGUUUGUUUCUUGGCAUUUUAAGUUAAGCCCGAUUAGCACACGAUUCCUUAGCUAUCAAAACUGUACAGAGAAAACAAAACUGAUAUUCAUUCUGUGAUUUGAAUACAUAGAUUGGCUCCUUUUUGCUGUCAACUUGUGGGAGGUGAAAAUAAUCACCCACUAAACGAGCUGAAUGGCUUUAAUACUUCAUGACAGCAACCCAGAAAUCAUAUCCAGGGGUUGGACAAAAUAAUGGAAACACCCACGGGCGUUACCAGGGGGGCAGGGGUGGGCAGUGCCCACCCACAUACACGCUCUGCCCACCCAAAGAAAACUGGAUGUAGUGCUGACGGCAGUCUGUGCACCGCGUAUGGUAUCCCA